GUUGUUAACAGGAGGCUCGUGCCGGUGGCGGACAGAUGACAGCUGUAAACAAGCCGCUGUGAGGGACGCGACUCGGCGGAGGCUGGCUGAAGAUUAAAAAGGAUAAGUGAGAGUCAGCGCCACUUUACAGGUUGAGUCCAGGCAGAUGUUGAAGAGAAGAGCUGUGGCCCGCUGUGGGCUCGUCCUGCUCAGUUUGUGGCUGUGUAUCCAGUCAGUGCCUAUCAACGUGGACAAGGCCAAAGAAACGCCAAAACAAGAUCAACUGGAUCCUCCUCAGAGUGCUGACACUGGGCUGCACUAUGACCGCUACCUCAGGGAAGUUGUGGAGUACCUCGAGAAGGAUCCACACUUUAAAGAAAAGCUUAAAAAUGCCGAUAUGGAUGAUAUUAAGGGGGGCAAGCUUGCUGGAGAGCUGGACUUUGUCCAGCACAAUUUGCGGACGAAGUUGGAUGAGCUGAAGAGGGAUGAGAUGAACAGGCUGCGGAUGCUCAUCAAAGCUAAACACGACAUUAAAGACGGCAACGGACACAUGGUGGACCACCAGGCCCUGUUGAAACAGUUUCAGCACCUCAACCACGGGAACCCAGACACGUUCGAGGUGGAGGACUUGGACCGCCUCAUCAAAUCGGCAACACACGACCUGGAGAACUAUGACAAGGACCACCAUGAUAACUUCAAAAAGUACGAGGUGAGGAAGGAGCACGAGAGGAGGGAGCGCCUGAAGAGCAUGAGCGAGGCGGAUCGUAUCAGAGAAGAGCAGCACUACGAGGAGAUGAGGAAGAAGCAUGCCGACCAUCCCAAAGUCAACCACCCUGGCAGUGAGGACCAGCUGAAAGAAGUCUGGCAUGAGAAAGACGGUAUGGACCCAGCCGACUUUAAUCCUAAGACCUUCUUCAAACUGCACGACACGAACGGAGAUGAAUUUCUAGAUGAGAACGAGCUCGAAGCUCUCUUCACAUCAGAGCUGGAGAAGGUGUACAACCCUGGAAAUGAAGAGGAUGAUAUGAUGGAGAUGGAGGAAGAGAGACUGCGAAUGAGAGAGCAUGUUAUGAACGAGGUGGACACAAACAAAGACAGACUUGUGUCGAUGAGCGAAUUCAUGGCCGCCACACAGAAAGAGGAGUUUCAUGAAAAAAGUGAAUGGGAGACUUUGGAACAGAAGCCUCUGUACACCGAGGAGGAGCUGAGACAGUUUGAGGAGCAUCUGGCCAACGAGGCCAAUCAGAUCAACUCCAAGUCAGUGGAGCUGGAGAAACAGAGGCAGGAGCUGGAGAGAAGGCAGGAAGAACUCAACGCUAAAAAGUUGGGGCUAAAACAGGCGAUGGAGGAAAUGGAAAAGGCUAAAGUCCAGGAUUUACACGGUGAGAGUAAAGCUCCUGAAGGUCAACAAGCGCCGGCUGUACCAGGAAACAUUCACCCACCGCCGCCUGCUCCCCAGCAGCAUGACGUUCCAGUGCCUGGACACUCUUAGCCGCUUCUCCUGUGUGUGUGUGUGUGUGUGUGUGUGUGUGUGUGAGUGAGAGAGAGAGUUUAAUGGGUCAGAUUUUUUUUUUCCCUGUUUUCUGGAUUUUCAAAACACCUCUUUGACGAGCAUAUGCCUCGAAGUCUGCAACACAUAAACCAAAUGUACAGAUGAAGACGUGGUGAUUCAGCGUCCCUCCUCUUCCUGCCAGAACCAGCUGAAUGAAUGAGCGGGGCUGGCACUGUGGAGCUCGUCCAGUUUUCUCAGCGGACAAUCAGCCCUUUUUGUUUUUGUCAUUCUGAUCUGCUUUCAUAAUAAGGACUCUGUCCUCCAUGGGAAGUUUUUGUGUUUGUUUUUUGUGGGGGAGGGCGACUGGCCCGAUAACUGAAUGUUUUGUAGUUUACUGUUACUGACACUGGAAAAUACAGGUUACUUGGAAAAUGUAUUUAUUUUUAUGGUGAAAAGAGUUACUUCAUGUUGGAAAAGGAACUUUAUGUUGUGGAAUUACUUUACUAUCAUGAAGAUGUUUAUAUCCACAAAAGAAAUUAGUGGUAUUUUCUAAGUAACAAAUGAAGUUAAUAUAAGUUUACAUUAUUUUUCUUCACAUAAAGAUGGUUGUGGUGUGGUUGUGUAUACAGAAGAUGAUGUUUUUCAUGAUGGAUUUCUUUUUUUUCUUUAAUCACCUUAAAUGAAGUAGAUUUUUUUUUUUCCCUCAGAAGAAUUAAAAACUUUAUUUCCAGAACAAGCACCAUGUCAGCAGCUGACUCUUCAAACAUUUAAAUAUAAGCUAUCAACCCAGGUAAGAAAGCUAGUUUAGCUUUAACAUUUUUUUUUAAGAAUAUUUCCUUUUCAUGCACUUCAGUCUGUGCAGCCAACAUCCUGUGUAUGAAAGUGUUAAA